CAGACUCUAACCAAAGUUUAUGUUAUGGAUGUUUUAAGAGACUUCAAGUAAUAUUUUGUCUUCCCCCAGGAACCAAGUCCGGACAUUGUGAUCGCUUCCCGCCCGGACCGAACAUCUCCGCCUGCCGCUCCCGGAUCCCAGCCUUUCCCCUCCGCGCUGCCACCAUCGGAGAGACAAUGUUGUCAUUUUCUUCAGCCUCCAACGACUCGGUUCCUGAUCCUCACGUUUCUGCUGGCCAUCCUUACAUCUGCUUCUACUCAGGCCCAGGACGGAUCAUCUUCACCGUUUUUAAAGUUGUUCAUGUCGUCACCAUCCUCCCUCUCUGCACCUUCAUCCUCUACUUGGGCCUCCAACAGAUGCAGAAGAAGACGCCGGCCUCCUCGGCUGCGACGAGUCACUGUGACGUCUUCACUUACCACAUCGUUGCCAUGGAGCUGAUCGGGGUGAUCGGGUUCUUCCUGAGUUUCUUUGGAAACUACAUGGAUGAUACUAAUGUCUUCAUUUAUGGUUUUAUGGUAUUUUCUGUCACUGCAUAUGGACAAAUAUUCUUCCACAUGCUCACCAGUGUGGAGCGUUACCUGGCUGUCGUUCAUCCCGUUUCCUACUUGGGCUUGAAGAACGAAAAAGGAGUCAGGAUCAGAAACGUGACCGUCGUCUGGGUCUGGCUGCUCUGCUUUGCAUCGAUAGGUUAUAUGACGACUGGAAGUUACAUCAUCCUGGAUACCUUCCUGAAUGUUUUAGCCACAGCUGUCAUCUUCUUCUGCUGUGUUUCUGUUCUGUUUGCUCUGAUCCGUCCAGGUCCGGGCCGGAAGAGGCCUGACCAGUCGAAGCAGAGAGCUUUCUGUACCAUUCUGGUCAUACUGGGAGUCCUGAUGGUCAGGUUGUCCUUCGGACUGGUUUGGGUUGGUUUGGAUCUGACAGGAAAUGCGGCUCGGUGUUUAACUAUGGUUUGCACUACAGGGGUUAACCUUCCCAGCAGUCUGGUUUUACCUUUGCUGUUUCUACACAGAGCAGGAAAAUUAGCAUGUUGCAUAAAAUAAAACU